AUGAAGGACAAAUCGAAGAACGCCGCGAAGACGCGCCGGGAGAAGGAGAACGGGGAGUUCUACGAGCUGGCCAAGCUGCUCCCCCUGCCCUCCGCCAUCACCUCCCAGCUGGACAAGGCUAGCAUCAUCCGCCUCACCACCUCCUACCUGAGGAUGAGAGCCGUGUUCCCCGACGGUCUGGGUGACGCCUGGGGCCAAGCUUCACGAGGGAGCCAUCUGGACAACAUGGCCAAAGAACUGGGCUCCCAUCUCCUGCAGACUCUCGAUGGAUUUGUUUUCGUCGUUGCUCCUGACGGAAAGAUUAUGUACAUCUCUGAAACGGCAUCCGUCCAUCUUGGCCUGUCCCAGGUAGAGCUAACAGGAAACAGUAUUUUCGAGUACAUCCACCCAGCGGACCAUGAUGAGAUGACUGCUGUCCUCAGUGCUCAGAAAGCCCCCCACUGCCACCUCUCCCAAGAGUAUGAGAUUGAGCGGUCUUUCUUCCUGAGGAUGAAGUGUGUGCUGGCGAAGCGCAACGCCGGAUUAACAUGUGGAGGAUUUAAGGUGAUCCACUGCAGCGGAUACCUGAAGCUGCGGCGGUACAUGCUGGAUGCGCCGCUCUACGACGCCUGGUAUCAGAUCGUCGGCCUCGUCGCCGUGGGGAACUCGCUGCCCCCCAGCGGCAUCACGGAGAUCAAGCUCCACAGCAACAUGUUCAUGUUCCGGGCCAGUCUGGACCUCAAGCUCAUCUUCCUAGACUCCAGGGUGGCUGAGUUGACGGGAUACGAGCCCCAGGACCUCAUUGAGAAGACGCUCUACCACCACGUCCACGGCUGUGACGUCUUCCAGCUCCGCUCCGCGCACCACCUCCUGUUGGUAAAGGGCCAGGUGACCACUAAGUACUACCGGCUGCUGUCGAAGCGUGGAGGCUGGGUCUGGGUGCAGAGCUACGCCACCAUCGUCCACAAUAGCCGCUCCUCCAGACCUCACUGCAUCGUCAGUAUCAACUACGUCCUCACUGACGUUGAAUACCAGGAGCUGCCACUGUCUCAGGAACAGAACGCGGCCGUCAGGUCCGGCCUUAGCUACAAGAGAAGCCUGGCUUCUCCUCCUCCACCGCUCCACAAACACCUGAAGACCAGAACGCUGAAGGUCAAAACCAGAGUCAAACCCGCCCCGUACCCCACGCCUGCCAAGCUGAGCUGCUCCCCACAGGGGGGGGGUUGGAAAGAGAGCGUGCACGGCGCCACACCUGGCGGGUCCACCACGGCCCACCUGGAGGAGGGAGAGGGGGGACGCGGGGUCCACCACAGCCUCAACACCCCCCACGAUCCCGAGGCGGCUCCUUACUGGACCGACCCCGAGCCGGCCAGGGCCCACCAGCUGCUGCCGAGCUGCACGGCCCUGCAGCACCGGGACGGCCUGCUGAAGGCAGAGCCCAGCCAUUCGCCGGUCAGGAGAAGGCCCAUCGCGGGCGCCGACACACUCCACCCCUGCGCCAGGGUGACCAAGGGGGGCGGCCGGGCGGCGUUCGGCCCGGAGCACGGCUACAAACCCACGGGGAGGGAGAGUGAGGUCCAGGGGGGGGCAGGCGCUCCGCUGCCGUGUCCUCUGUUCGGCAGCUUGGUGCUGAGCAAGGGCAUUAGGGAGCAGCCUCGCCCCUUUCACGCCCAGACCUUCCCCAGGCAACGCCUGCUGGACCAGAGGAGGAGGCUGCCCGCGCCCGAGGCGUCCUCGUCCUGCCAUUACAAAGGAUACCUACACCACCACCACCCCGCCGGGCUCGGCCAGCAGAUCUCCGCCCAGGAGCAGGAGGCCGGGGCGCUGGAGAAGGAGGAGAGGAGGAUGUGGAUAGGAAUGGGCAUGGGCGUGGCCAUGGGCGGACCCGCCCAGCCGCCGUACGUGUCUUUGAACCUUCACCAAGUCUUCAGCAAUCGCAGCAGCGCCGUGAAAGCGCCUCCCUACACCGCGUUGGGGCAUUUUGCAGACGGUUACGGUUGCCACGGUAAUGACGUGGUGUCCUACAGCAAUAAGAGUCAAAGCCCCGCCCUAGGCCCCGCCCAAGGAGGGCAACGCGAGAUUCCACAUUACAUCGGUACAUCCGUGAUCAUCGCCAACGAGAGCUGA